AGUAAUAACGUAAAAAAAAAAGCUUGAAAAAUAAUUUCAAAUACAAUCCAAGGCAACUACCGAUAAAGUCAAGACUGAUUUUUCCCUUUUAUUGUUUCACUUAACCUAAGCACCUUUCGCCGGCUUCACCGUCUCAGAUCUUCAGCUCAACUAAUAGGCAGAGUCUCUUUUUGAACUGAUUGCUUCACUUCAUCGUCCCCAAAUUUCAGAUAUUCUUCCUUGAAUUCCUAGAUUUGGAUCUUGCAAAUUAGAGAUAAUUCGCAAGAGGAACUAUGAGUUGCUUUGGCUGUUGUGAAGAGGAUGACAUCCACAGAGCCGCUGAUAAUGGAGGCCAAUACGUUGUUAAACAUUCAGACGGAAACGAUGGAGGUUACCAGACUUCUGAAAUUGCAUCAAAGAGUGCUCAAACUGUGAAGGUUCAGCCUAUUGAAGUCCCUUCUAUUCCAGCUGAUGAAUUGAAAGAAAUCACAGAUAACUAUGGUACAAAUUCUUUAAUUGGAGAAGGUUCCUAUGGAAGAGUUUAUUAUGGGGUCCUUAAAAGUGGGCAGCAUGCAGCAAUCAAAAAGUUAGAUGCCAGCAAGCAACCUGAUGAUGAGUUUUUGUCCCAGGUUUCUAUGGUAUCAAGGUUGAAACAUGAAAACUUUGUUCAAUUGCUUGGUUACUGUGUUGAUGGCAGCUCCCGUAUACUUGCCUAUGAGUUUGCAUCAAAUGGAUCACUGCAUGAUAUUCUCCAUGGGAGAAAAGGUGUUAAGGGAGCCCAGCCUGGCCCUGUUCUGACAUGGGCCCAGAGAGUAAAAAUUGCUGUAGGAGCUGCAAGAGGGCUUGAAUACUUGCACGAGAAGGCUGAUCCUCACAUCAUUCAUCGUGACAUUAAGUCCAGCAACGUGCUAAUAUUUGACGAUGAUGUGGCAAAGAUUGCUGACUUUGAUUUAUCAAAUCAGGCUCCUGAUAUGGCAGCUCGUCUUCAUUCCACUCGUGUACUUGGAACCUUUGGUUAUCAUGCUCCUGAAUAUGCAAUGACGGGUCAAUUAAAUGCCAAGAGCGAUGUAUACAGCUUUGGUGUUGUGCUGCUUGAGCUUCUAACUGGGAGAAAACCUGUUGAUCAUACUUUACCCCGUGGGCAGCAAAGUCUUGUGACAUGGGCUACACCAAGGCUUAGUGAAGACAAGGUCAGGCAGUGUGUUGAUCAAAGACUAGGGGGAGAUUAUCCUUCCAAGGCUGUCGCUAAGAUGGCUGCUGUUGCUGCAUUGUGCGUGCAAUAUGAAGCUGAUUUUCGGCCAAAUAUGAGCAUCGUUGUCAAAGCUCUUCAGCCGCUGCUAAAUGCUCGGCCCGGACCUGUUGAAACACCAAGCACAUAAUUUUAUACAUCACACGCACAGACACUCUCUCACCCUUUGUAUCUCUAUAGCCUGUGCGUGCAGUAGUGUUCACACGCAGCAUCCAAAAUAUACAAUGAGGGGACAAUUAGAAGGUGGUGAUAAUUUGCUGAAAAUUCCAAAUUCAUCCAUUAUACACUGUAUUCGAUUUGUUCAUAAUGUGAGUUAUUCGUUGUUUUUUUCCCUUGAA